AUGGAGGAAUUAGCGAGAGAGAGCAUCAGCCUGCUGGCCAAGCCCGCGUUGGACACGGACGGGCCGCGGCUCGGCUCCUUCGGGGCGAUCUUCAUCAUGCUCAAAUCCGCGCUGGGAGCGGGGCUGCUCAACUUCCCGUGGGCGUUUGACAAAGCCGGCGGUGUGAACACGGCUGUCGGCGUGGAACUGGUGUCCCUGGUGUUCCUCAUCAGCGGGCUGGUGAUCCUGGGCUAUGCCUCGUCCAUCAGCGGGCAGAACACCUACCAGGACGUGGUGAAGGAGGUGUGCGGGCCCGCCAUUGGCCAGCUGUGCGAGAUCUGCUUUGUCUUCAACCUCUUCAUGAUCUCCGUGGCCUUCCUGGUGGUGGUACAGGACCAGCUGGAGAAGCUGUGCGACUCCCUGUACGAGACGAUAACGGGCUCUGCGGAGUCAGAGAUGCCCUAUCACUGGUACACAGACCAGCGCUUUGCCCUCUUCAUCAUGUGUCUCAUCCUCAUCCUCCCCCUGUCCAUCCCAAAGGAGAUCGGCUUCCAGAAGUACACCAGUAUUUUGGGGACUCUGGCUGCGACGUACCUGACUGUGGCUAUCAUUGUGAAAUACUACACCAAAGAAGACCAUGUGGCUGUUAUUUCCCCUUUGUACACCAAUGGCAUAAGCUCCUGGGCCUCCAUGUUCAGCGUCAUACCUACCAUCUGCUUCGGGUUUCAGUGUCACGAGGCCUGUAUUGCCAUCUACAGCAGCAUGGAGAACAAGAAGCUGUCCCACUGGGUCAUCAUCUCAGUGGUGUCCAUGUUCUUCUGCCUGCUCAUCUACUCCCUCACAGGUGUCUUUGGGUACUUGACCUUCGGUAAGGAGGUCGCCGCGGAUAUUCUGAUGUCAUAUCCCGGGGACGAUGUGGUCAUGAUCAUCGCCAGGCUGCUGUUUGGAAUUUCCAUCAUCACCAUCUAUCCCAUCAUCCUCCUGCUGGGCAGGUCAGUGAUUCAGAACCUGCUGCUGCGUUGCCGCCGGCGAUACGCCGUGGUGACGCAGUCGUAUGAGAACCGCAGCCGGGUGCUGCUGACGGUGGCCUGGAUCGCCGUCACCCUCCUCAUCGCCAUCUUCGUCCCUGACAUGAGUGAGGUCAUCAGCGUCAUCGGGGGCAUCAGCGCCUUCUUCAUCUUCAUCUUCCCAGGUCUGUGUUUAAUAUUCUCCAUGCAGACAGAGCCAGUGUCUCCCAGGACCAGGGUUGUCUUGACGACAUGGGGAGUGAUCACCCUUCUGUGUGGAGCCUUCAUCUUCGGACAGAGCACCACCAUUGCUAUCAUGGAGCUCUUCAACAAGUUCUGAUCAUCAUCAUCAUCACCAGCAUCACCACCACCAUUGUCAUCACAGAGCUGUUUAACAGGUUCU